UAAACCGCUUUCUAAGCCAGCGAGCGCAAGCAUGGUAUAGCCGAGCUCGAGCGGCUCCAGCUGAGACCAGAGCGGAGACUAGACGAGACGGGAAUGGCAACGAGACGGCCCGCCUCUCUCUAUCGUCUACUUCUGCUUCGCCCGGCGGCGGCGCAGCCACCGGCGAUGAGAAGCUUCCGACCAGAUUUUCAGGCUUCGAGGUAUGGAAUAUGGAAGCAUUACUCUAAUUUCAAUCCCUCGUCUCCAAUUAAAGUUGACAGCCUUGGAUCGGUCGUGCAAACAUCUUCUCAGAAACGAUGGGCUUCUCAAGCUGCAGCAGCAAGAUCUGACGUAGGUGACAGCAAAAUUAGCAUCGGACCUAAAAGUAGUGAAAUGGAGAAAGAUGGUAAAGGAACUGGAGUCGUCUAUCAAGGACCCAUCUCAUCAACCAUAAAGAAAGUGAAGCUUUUAUCCCUCUCCACCUGUUGCCUCUCAGUAUCUCUUGGCCCUGUCAUAACAUUCAUGACUUCGCCUGAGCUGAACGUAAUCCUCAAGGGAGCGGUAGCAUCUACUGUGAUUUUCCUUAGUGCUUCCACUACAGCAGCCCUGCAUUGGUUUGUCAGCCCAUAUAUUCACAAGCUCAGAUGGCACCCUGGUUCAGAUAGCUUCGAGGCUGAAAUGAUGUCCUGGUUGGCCACACCUAUCCCAAGGACAAUCAAGUUUGCCGAUGUGAGGCCACCAGAGACCAAUAGACCAUUUGUGACAUUUAAGGCUGAUGGUAACUUUUAUUUCAUCGAUGCCGAGCAUUGCCACAACAAAGCUCUACUUGCAAGGCUGACACCUCAGAAACCAUCUCAUGAAUCUGCUUUCAAGAACCUGUGAUGAAGGACCUUGAUUGUUUUGCUUGUCAUCAUCCUCUCUCUAGUACAUUAAAAUAUGUUUGCGGAUAAAAGUUGCUGCUAGUGUUGAUACUUUUGAGAACUUCACACCCUGCAAAUUGUGCCUGAUGCCUAUAUUAAACUAUAUAUGCUUUAAUACUUGAUUCUUCUUUUCAGUAA